GCGCUGGGGAGAGGCCCGGCCUUGCGGGAACCCCCUUCCCGGAGCAGGGGACGCGCAGGACGGGCAGCGGGCGCGGCUGGACGGGGUGGGGGCGGGGAGAGGCCCGGCUCAGGGGUGCAGGCCCCUGCUUCCCGCCGCGCCCUGUGUGCUAGGCUUUGAGCUGCGAGGAGGACACACACGGUCACUACCACCUCGCGGACGGGCGCGCGGGCCCAAGGAGAGGACGUGGACAGGGACUGGCGCGAGCGACAAGGUGGUCGAAUCCCAGCGCCCGCGGCUUGCUGCCCCCCCUCCCCCGCGCCUUCAGGCACAUCUGUCUCCCCGCGCCCUUGGUCUCGCGGAGCCUUUCGGGGGCCGCCGUUGGUGAGGCUCAUGACGGGCCCCGUCGGCGAGGUCCCGUCCCAGCGAGGACCCAGGCGGGGUGCCGCUCCGGUUCUGAAAACCCUUUCCAGGCUGUGUUCACGGAGGUGUUGGGUGCCCCUGCUUCCAAGGCGAGACAAUGAAGCGAAUCGGAUCCUGUGGAAACACUGUAUCUCUCUCUGGCAAUAGUAUCUGCUGGGGGCGGCCGGUUACUUUUGAUCUUUGUUACUUUGUGCACAGUCUGUGCCAGCGGGCUUUGGGCGAGUCGGCUUUCAAGUCCAAGUCGGCCGUCUGGGGGAAAUGAUGCAGGACCAUUAAGCCCAGGGAUGUGUACAUUUAAUUUCCAGGAAGUUGCACGAGGUCCGAAGAAGGAUGGCGGUGGCCUCCCACAGGCUGCCAUGCAUCCGCUUGGAGGGUCCAUGUAAACCAGGGCAGCGUGCUGCCCUUUGAGGACUUGCUACAUGAAACAGGGCUUGGAGGGUCAUGUGCAGCUAUGGCUCCGUAUCUGACGUCUCGGGACUGAAGAGUCUCGUGUAGGAACUGCCUAUGUAACUGAAGUUUAAACCUUGACGUGCUAAAAGCUCUUCCAGGUACCACUCUCCAAGGACUUCUUUAUAAAAUGUGUUGCAUAUGCCCCUGCUCUCUGUGUGAGGCCAAACAUGGGUCCUCCAAAGAUGACCCCAUCCUAAUCCCCCGAACCUGUGACCCUGUGACCCUCUGACUGUACUCCAUGCAGCAAAGGAGAUUUUGCAGCUGGGAUUAGCAUCUCGAUAUGGGGAAACUACCCUAGAUUAUUCACUGGGCCCAGGAUAAUCUCACCUAUCACAUCCUUGGAGGUAGGAGUGACUGGCAGAGUGGAAGGCUGUGGAAGGCCGUGGAAUGAGGGAAGCAGAAUUAGAAGAUGCUCCCCCUGCCUUUGACAAGGGGGGCAGGGGCCACAAGCCAAAGACUGCAGGAUGCCUGGAAGCUGGGAAGGGCAAGGAAGCAUUCUCCCCUGGAGGCUCCAGAAGGAACCGACCCCCACCCUGCCCACACCUUGAAUUUAGACCCCUAGGACUCAUUUCAGACUUCUGACCAUGAGGACUGUAAGAGAAACAGAGUCAAGCUAGGGAUGCAGUCCAUUCCCAUCGCUACUGCUUGUACCAUUUACCAUAAGUUCUUCUGCGAGAUCAACCUGGACACCUACGACCCCUACUUGGUCGCCAUGUCUUCCCUUUAUUUGGCUGGCAAAGUGGAGGAACAGCACCUGCGCACUCGGGACAUCAUCAAUGUGUCCAACAGGUACUUUCACCCGGGUGGCGAGCCGCUGGAGCUGGACUCCCGCUUCUGGGCUCUUCGGGACAGCAUAGUGCAGUGUGAGCUCCUCAUGCUGAGGGUCCUGCGUUUCCAAGUCUCCUUCCAGCACCCGCACAAGUACCUGCUCCACUACCUGAUUUCCCUCAAGAACUGGCUGAACCGUUACAGCUGGCAGCGGACCCCCAUUUCCGUCACUGCCUGGGCCCUGCUGCGGGACAGCUACCACGGGGGGCUGUGCCUCCGGUUCCGGGCUCAGCACAUAGCCGUGGCAGUGCUCCACCUGGCCCUGCAGGCCUAUGGGGUGGAGGUGCCCGCCGAGGCCGAGGCCGAGAAGCCAUGGUGGCAGGUGUUUAGUGACGACCUUACCAAGCCAAUCAUUGAUAACAUUGUGUCUGAUCUCAUUCAGAUUUAUACCAUGGACACAGAGAUCCCCUAAGGCCCUGGUCCAGGCCUGCCCCAAGAAGCCCGGGAUGCUCGGCUGCCUGGGGACGGCAUCACCACGUCGCUGUGACGGCUGGUCCCCAGAAGACCAGCUGGGAGGACUGGUUUUGUGCUGCUGGAGACGGGCUGGUGAAGGCGAUGACCUGCUGCCACUCUGAUUCUCAUGCUGACUGUCCCCGGCAGCUGUGGUCCAGACGGUGAUGGGCACUGUGCCUCCUGCGGGCAGGCCGGGGUGCACCAGGGGAAGGGCCCCCCCAGGCAUCCGUGUCUGCUUCUGUCCUUUGAGAGGACGCUGACUGCAGUUGAGGUGUGACGUCAUUGGAAGCAAAAUCAAAGAACAGACGAGACUGACUUACCCUUGGGGAUUUUUUAAAGCCAGAUUUAUAGGAAGUAUGAAUGUGCAACACAGAUGGAAUUUUAUUUUGUAUAAUAAAAGAUGAUACAAAUCA